GGGCCCGGUGCCCGCAUGUCCGCCGAGUGGCUGCGGUGGGUGCGGCGGGGCGGCCCCGCGGAGCGGCCCGGAGGCAGCCAGGAGCCGGGGCCGCGGCCCCCGCCCGCCGCUCCGUGCUACCGCCGGCCCAAGUUCCUGCGCGGCGGCGGCGGCGGCGGCGAGGAGAGCCCGCGGGGCGGGCGGGCCGUGCGGGGCACCGGGCCCGAGCGGCCCCUGCCCUGGGGCUCGGGCUACGCCGAGGUUAUCAAUGCUGAGAAGUCGGAGUUCAAUGAGGACCAGGCGACAUGCUGCCAGAUCUCCAUCCGCAGGAGGGAGCUGGGCCUGGAAGAGGACAAGGAGUGGCUGAUCCUGUGCUCCACACAGUUUUUGACUGGUUACUACUGGGCACUCUUUGAUGGCCAUGGUGGCCCAGCAGCUGCCAUCAUUGCCUCCAACUAUUUGCAUUACUGCAUCAAGCAGAAGCUGGAGGAGGUUGCGGGGGCCAUCACAGAGGCCCAUCCCCCCAUGCACAUGAGCAGACGCUGCGUUUGCGACAGUGACCCCCAGUUCGUGGAGGAGAAGCACAUUCGUGUGGAAGACGUGGUGGUGGGAGCCUUGGAGAAUGCCUUCCAGGAAUGCGAUGAAGUCAUUGGCCAGGAGAUGGAAGCCACUGGCCAGACAGGAGGCUGCACUGCUCUGGCUGCUCUUUAUCUCCAGGGAAAACUGUAUGUGGCUAAUGCUGGGGACAGCAGGGCCAUUCUUGUUCUGAAGGACACCGUCGUGCCCAUGAGCUGCGAGUUCACGCCCGAGACAGAGAGGCAGCGACUCCAGCACUUGGCUUUUCUCUUCCCCAAGCUCCUGGAUGGAGAGUUCACGCGCUUUGAGUUUCCACGGAGGUUGAAGGGAGAUGACGUGGGUCAGAAAGUCCUGUACCGGGAUUACUUCAUGGAGGGCUGGGGAUACAAGCUGGUGGAGAAAGCUGACCUCAAGUAUCCUCUUGUCCAUGGUCAUGGGAAGCAGGCUCGCUUGCUGGGGACUCUGGCUGUCUCUCGAGGUUUAGGGGAUCAUCAACUCAAAGUCAUCGACACCAACAUUGAAGUGAAACCUUUUCUCUCCUGCAUUCCUAAGGUGAACAUAUUUGACUUCGCUGUGCAUGACAUUAAGGAAAACGAUGUCCUCAUCAUGGCAACUGAUGGCCUUUGGGACAUUUUGUGCAACAAAGAGGUGGCCCAUAUGACCAGGAGCUUCCUUGCAGAAAACAGGACAGAUCCCCACAGAUUUUCAGAACUGGCCAAGUGCUUGGUAUGCAGGGCAAGAGGAAAGAAGAUAGGCCACCAGUGGAUGCUGGAUGAUAGCCGUGAGGCAUCCUACGAUGACAUCUCUGUAUUUGUCAUCCCACUACACAACAGGGAUGAGGACUGUUAACGUGAUGUGCAGCAUCUUGGUGCCCCCCUACUGCGGCACCGUUCAGCAUCAAUGCAAGACUAAGGAUUUCUGCUGUGCGCGCACACUCUUCCAGUAAAACCACCUGAUACAGAGCCUGAAAAUGCACAGCCAGCCUUUACGCAGAGGAUCAACAAGAACAUGAACUUCUUAUAAACAUGCACAAGAAGAGCAGCUGACAAGUCAUUCCUCGUACUCCCUUUUUUUUUUGUUGUGCCAAUAACAAAUUGCCAAAGUGGCCACACAAGCCAAAGAGCAAUAUUUAAGGUCUUUGCAGGACAAUGAGCCUCAAAUCCACAUUUCUAGUGGUUCUAGUGGCCUGUCCUCCUUUUUAAUAUUAAAGAAUGAGGAUCAACUAAGAUCCAACCAGUCUUGAGUGCUGGAUUUUAAUCAGACUUGAACUGAGUUUUGUAAAACUGGAUGUAUAAGCUAUGAAUGUCCCUCAUGUCCAUUUGCUGCAACACAAGAUCAACUAAAAAAAAAAACAGAAGCUGUUGCUAGGACGGCAUUACAUACAGCAGCGGCCCAGACCUCUACCAGUUGAGAAAGUUGCCAUUUAUAGGCAGUACCACCUCAAAACAGAUGUUAUCAGAUGGAGCUACACAUCGGUGCACAGAAGCUUCCCCUGCAAGGGUAGAUGCCUUACUUAUUUAAGAGCAUUUGUGUAAUGUGCUACGUACCCAGUGUACAGAUCUCCAUUAAAAUUUUAGUCCAGAACACACACUAACACUUUAGAGGUCAUUUCUGCCACUGACAGUGAGGCUGGUUUCGUAGCAGUAGUGCUGAUGAGAACUGUUUAAAUACAGCAGCUGAUUUCUUAGAAGAGCUCCACGCAAGAUAGAACUGGUCACAUUUGUCUGGAGUGCUGAACCACAAGUGCUAUGCUCAUUACAACAGCAGACAAGCCCAAAUGAGCUGUGCCUUAAACUUUUAUGAUAUGCUCUUAACCUGUUCAGUAGCCAGGUGAAUUCAGGUCUAGACAAGCUUCCCAUCUCCCCAAGUCCUCACUUUGUUUUCAUUAUUCCUUGCACAAGUUGCAGCGUUCCCCAGUGAAGUGGACAAACCCACACAUCUUUGUUAACUGCUUGAGCUCCAUAAGGAUGAAAGACCUAAUAAAAGAAAAUUUUCCUAUCUUC